AUGAGGAGAAAUGAAUUGGCCAUUAAGAAGAUUUCAUGGAUGCAGACUAUUCAGUUGGAAGCAUUGCUAAAUAAGGAACAGACAGUAAACUUUUACUACAUUGCUUGGUUGAAACCAAAUAAACAUGUUGGACUUGGGCAGUUGGAGCCAAUUGAAAUAUCAGUCACCAGAGCAGUAAGCCAGAGUGCCCAAAUAUCGUGUAAAGUUUCUCUUCAAGGCUUUGACACAGUAGAUAUACAUUGGUACCGGCAGAAGACAAAUCAACCAUUUGAGUAUCUGAUAUAUAUCAGAAAUGAUAAUACUCAUCGCCCUUUAGAAGGGAUCAGCAAGAAAAUUGAAGCAAAGAAAGAUUUUCAAACUUCUACUGCAACCUUGAUCAUAAAUUCCUUGAAGAAAGAAGAUGAAGCCAUCUACUACUGUAAAUAUCCAUUCCACAAAGUAUUUUCAAAAGGGACGAAGCUCAUAGUAAUUCCCUCAGACAAACACUUUGGUUCAGAUGUUUCCCCCAAGCCUACCAUUUUUCUUCCUUCUGUUGCUGAAACAAAUCUCCAUAAGGCUGGGACAUACCUUUGUCUCCUUGAGAAAUUCUUCCCUGAUGUUAUAAGGGUAUAUUGGAAAGAAAAGGAUGGUGAUAAGAUUCUGAAAUCUCAAGAGGGAAAUAGCAUGAAGACGAAUGAUACAUACAUGAAGCUAAGCUGGCUGACUGUGACUGAAGAUUCAAUGGAUAAAGAGCAUAAAUGUAUUGUCAAACAUGAAAACAACCGGGGAGGAGUUGAUCAAGAGAUUCUGUUUCCUCCCAUAGAUAAAGUUGCCAACAUCAUUUCUCCCACAGAAGCUUAUUUGAAAACUGAAAAUGUAUCAUGCUUCCCAGUCCUCACUGUUCCCAGGAGAGCUGCCAAACUCCAGAGAGGAAAGGUGAUGGAGGAGAUGAACACAUGGGCUGUAGACCUCAGGAAUGGGAUCCAGAAUUCAGUAUCUGGAAUGCAGAGGGUGCAAGAUGUGCAUUCUGAUUCCAGUGGACAAAGACGUGGGCCACAGGAAUGUGACUUAUGA